AUGGUGAAUUUUCUAUUGAUAACUUUCAUAGUUCAAUUUUGUUCGAAAUCGAAAAAACAAGAGAGCAGAACUAGUUCUACUACGGAUGGUGGAACUCCGCCAAAUACGUAAGUUAGAGUAAAGUGGGAAGACCCGUUUCGAAAAAAGGAGCAACCCAAAAUUAGAAGGGGAUUUUUCACCGCAAAGUUAGAGACAGAAUGUUCUAAAUUUCGGACAAUCUAAGAAUAUGGAUUAUCUGGAAACCUACCAAGAUCUAAAAAUCUGGAACUUUUUUGCCUAGCUUCAGUCAUUUGUGGGAAAACUCUUUUAUAAAAGAACUUUUCUUCAUUCGAACAUUUUUAAUGCAAAUUAUUUCAGAGUCACACCAACAAACAAUAGCAAGAAGAUAGUAAAAAGCGAAGAAAAAAUAAAAGAUUAUGAUAUUUUGGAAAAAGAAGUAACAGCUCAAACACCUGAUACGCCCGAAUUGAAAUAUUAUGAUCUUGAUGUCACACAAAAAGAUGAACUUCAAAGAGUAAAUUUGAAAACAAAGAAAAUUAUCAAAUCUAAUGCGGCACCAUCGUCAGCUUCGAAACAUAACAAAAGAAAUAAACUUGAUCGCACACAAGGACUAUCGGUUUGUAUUUUUUGAGGGAAAUAGGGAGAACUUUUGGAAAUUAAAAUACAAUUUUAACGAGGUCUACAAUAUUUAUGUUUUUUUUCGGGUUGAUGAAAUAAACGAAGAUGAUGAUGAUACAUGUCAAGAUGCUCCAUCACUUGAAAUUCGAAAUCAAGGGCCAAGUUGUGAACAAGACACUUUAAAUUCUCGUAGAAAUAAGAACAAGAAAAGUCGAGAAAUUGUGAAAAAACCAAGUCGUGAACCGGUGAAAAAGGAUAAUCGAAGUCGAGAAUAA